GUUCCACAUACCUCCACAUAAGCUUCAAUUUACCCAGAACUUUCGGUAUUGUUGCGGAUUCCGCCUUCGUGUUGGAGCUAGGCGGCCGGUAAUGCGAGGAUACCUAUCCCUUUCGCCAAUAUGAGUUCGGACGAUGGAGCGGCGCAAAUGCCGGCCUUUAAGAUGACCAAAGCCUGUGUGAAAUGCCGGGGAUUGAAGCUGAAGUGCAAGGUUGACCAAGGGCCUUCCUGUCGGAGGUGCUUGCGGACUGGCGUUCCAUGCGUCUUUAGACCAAGAGCAAACGCUUCAUCGACACGAGAAGUUUUGCCCUCAGAAGGCUCGCCCAAUGCUGUUAGAUGGACAAGUCAGACGCUACAUUCGGUAUUGAACCGCCUUGAUAUUAUCGAGUCACGCCUCGAUCUGGACUCUGCAACUGGUUCGAUCGUUGAGCAGGAGCAAAAUAUGCCACAGAUAGACACGAGAGAUCCAGCGCUCAGCGAGGUGUGGAAUGCUGCUACGCAGCUCAGACAGAAGACGCAUCAUCCAGUCAACGAAAAGAUAUGGCUCCCAGCAAAUAUUCAGCAGUUAUGGCAAUUCUUUCAUAUAAAUAUUCCGAGCCUCCACUUCCUUCCCAAUAAGCAAAACUUCUCCUCCCCAACACCCCUACUGCUAUCUGCGAUGUUGUACAUCUCGGCUCUGAACCAUGGCACUCGAGACCUCGCCGGCCUGGCGCCGGAUUACUUCCUAGUCAUGUGUCGGGCCAUUGCCGAGUUGAGCAUUCCCUCUCCAACGACUGAACUGGUCGCAGAUAAGCCGUCAUUUAAGUCUGAAGAGAAUGCAUUCCAUGAUGUCCUUGGUAUAGUACUCGCUGGACUCGCCUGCGAAGCUUCAAUAAAGACGACGGGGAUAUGGAUUUCUGUUGGCUACCGUCUCAUAUUGGAGUCGUGCCCGAAAGAAGUCGAUGAGAGGUCCCGAGAGUGGCAGAGACUUUUUGCUGGACUCCAGAUCAUCGACCUUGAGCACGCAUCUCUCCAUAUGUCAUGUCCCAUAAUUCCACUUCAAGCGCCCCUAGCUCGUCUGCAUAUUUCAUCCGAAGAUGACAUCUACUCUCUCACUCAGAUGUUGCACACGGGUUUGACGCAUUUUACUGGUCGAGGACUUCCCACUAUAUGGUCAUGUUUCUCGUCACCCCAGGAAAGGCCAAUGUUAACAGCUUCUCUUACUGCUGUGGAUGCGGCUAUAAUUCGGGACUGGGCUGUUCAGCUUGACAGAUGGCUUGCGAGAUUCAACAAACCAGGCCGGCACUUCACGUCCGAGAGCGAUCGUAGAGUUGUAUUCCGCCAAUAUAUCCUCCACAGAUUGCUGGUGUUAUCCAUCUAUCACCCCGCUCGGGGAUUCAAUCUCUUCGCGACAUCUACUACUUCGUCCGAGCGGCACGAAUUGCUGGUUUCAACACGUGCCGCACUGAAGAUGCAGUUCGAUGACAAAAGCAUAUGGACCAAUUGGGAUCUAGUGAUGAUUACAUGGGCGGCCUUGAUAGUACUCCAAGCUAUAUCCGGAGGAGUUGGCGAAGCGGAUGAUAUUCCCCUUGUACAAGACCUCUUACACACCCUCCGGGCAACCCAACAACUGCCAGUAAACUUCCGCCAUCAGCUGGCUGCGCAGCUCGAAGCUAGCUUGCAGAACACGUCCAUACAACCAGUGAUGAGCUCCGAUUUUGUGCCUCCUAACGUCGAAGAUCACCUGGCAUGGUCGAUUUUUGACGACAUGAGCAUUCGCUUUGUAGAUCAGAGGAUGUGAUAAUAGUAGUAGUACCACUUGGAUGGCCUUGCUGUUGCUAGCUAUUUUGUAAAUGUUGUUCUCAAUUUAUAUAUAUCUGUCAGUGCUAGUCAGUCCGUCGAACCAUCCGUAUUAUUAUCUCCCGAUUUCGAGAAUUUAGCAAGGG